AUGAAAACAGAUGUAAAAGGACUUAUGAACCAAGAUAAUUUCCAAAUUAUGUGCUAUUGGGGAGUCUCCUUGAUAUCUACAUUUGUUGCGGCGUGGCUGUUGACAUGGCUCCUGUACUGUCGUUUCUUAGAGAUGCCUUCGCGCAUCACAAUAGAAAACCAAUAUGAGCCUGUAAACAAUCUUCCGUAUCCAUCCAUUGCUCUUUGCUCUCCAAAUCAAAUAACUCUGAGUGCACUUAAACACUUCAACAGAACUCUCGUGGAAGGAAAUCGUUCAAUCGAUUUCAAUGAUGCCUCUCCAUUAUUGCUUGGUUUCUAUGAAUUAACUGGGGAUUUUGACCAAGGUCUCAUAUCUCAUGUUGAAGCGCUGGUAGAAGCUAAUAGGUAUCAUGCAAUAGACAUUAUGGCAAUGGUAGCACAGAAAUGCGAAGAUUUUCUAAUACUUUGCUUAUUUGAAGGCAAAGCCUAUCCAAAUUGCAACACACUAUUCUCACCCGUACUAACAAAGAUCGGAAUGUGUUGUAUAUUUAAUAAUGUUUAUCAAUUUCGGAAUAAUAAAAGAAACGAGAAAACGAAGGAUUUCAAACUGCGCAGAAUACCAGAGAAAUUUGCAGGGAUUGGACGUGGUUUAAAGGUAGUAGCCGAUUACAAUCCUGAUGAUGCUGUUGAUGGCACCGUGGUCAAUGCUGGAGCUAUAAGGGUAAUGAUCAUGGAGUCGACUGAGUUUCCGUCGGAAGAUGAAUCGAAUCUUGUCCGUCCAUAUACUGAGUCUUUUCAUAAUAUUCAUCCUACAUACACUUACUGUUCAGAGGAUGUCAAAGCACUACCAAGUAGUAGUUUUUUUGUUAAGUUAUCUCGAAAAAAGUGCACAUCUAGAAGUCGUAAAUGUCUGUUCCAACACGAGAAGACUGUACGUCACUUUGGCGACUACGGCAGUAACGACUGUAGCCUCCUGUGCCACAUUGACCGAAUCGAGCGGCACUGCCACUGCCUCAUGCAUUAUGUGCCCCGUGUUAGACAUGAACGCGCCUGCAAUAUUUCCAGUAUUCCCUGUAUCAUAGCUGUUAAGGUUCAGCUGACUAACUGGCAAGAAGACGACUGCGACUGUCCUCGAGACUGUGAAUCGUUUAAUUAUCGAUCAGAGGUGAUGCUUGGAAACUUAAAUGCACUGGAGCAACUCGUUGUAAAUCCUUAG